UCCUCCUGUCUCUCUCUGUCUCUGAGGCGGGGCCUACCUCUCUCCCCGCCUCCUCGGCCUCCUCCUCCGCUCUGCCUCCGACGUGGCACCGGCUUCCCCAUCAGCCAUGUUUGUUUGCGUCGGCGGCCACUGAGGCAUCGACUUGGUGGGGCUGAGAAAUAAAACAACAAUAAUGACAACCUUCUUGGAGUUCAUUCAGCAGAAUGAAGACAGAGAUGGCGUUAGAUUCAGUUGGAAUGUAUGGCCUUCCAGUCGACUUGAAGCCACAAGAAUGGUGGUCCCAGUGGCCUGUUUGUUUACUCCAUUAAAAGAGCGACCCGACUUACCACCCAUUCAGUAUGAGCCAGUCUUGUGCAGUAGAACUACCUGUCGUGCUGUACUAAAUCCAUUAUGCCAAGUGGAUUACCGAGCAAAACUAUGGGCUUGCAAUUUUUGUUACCAGAGAAAUCAGUUUCCUCCUACGUAUGCUGGCAUAUCUGAGAUGAACCAGCCUGCAGAACUCUUACCUCAGUUUUCUAGUAUUGAAUAUGUAGUACAGCGUGGACCUCAGAUGCCUUUGAUAUUUCUUUAUGUGGUUGACACGUGUAUGGAAGAUGAAGACUUACAAGCCUUGAAGGAAUCCAUGCAAAUGUCCUUAAGUCUCCUACCUCCAACUGCUUUGGUGGGGUUGAUUACAUUUGGGAGAAUGGUGCAAGUCCAUGAGCUUGGCUGUGAAGGGAUUUCCAAAAGUUAUGUCUUCAGAGGGACAAAAGAUUUGUCUGCAAAACAGCUUCAGGAAAUGUUAGGACUGACAAAAAUGAAUGUUUCACAAGUGGGUCGUGGUCCUCAGGUACAGCAACCACCACCAUCUAACAGGUUCUUACAGCCAGUACAGAAAAUUGACAUGAAUCUCACAGAUCUUCUGGGUGAACUGCAGCGUGAUCCAUGGCCUGUUCCUCAGGGGAAGAGACCUUUAAGGUCUUCUGGAGUGGCGCUUUCCAUUGCUGUAGGCCUGCUAGAGGGUACUUUUCCCAAUACUGGUGCCCGGAUAAUGAUGUUUAUUGGUGGACCAGCAACGCAAGGGCCUGGAAUGGUUGUAGGGGAUGAACUUAAGCUCCCUAUUAGGUCUUGGCAUGACAUUGAGAAAGACAAUGCCAAAUAUGUCAAAAAGGCUACUAAGCAUUUUGAAGGUCUGGCAAAUCGUGCUGCUACAACAGGCCAUGUUAUUGACAUCUAUGCAUGUGCACUGGAUCAGACUGGUCUCCUGGAGAUGAAAUGCUGUCCUAACUUCACAGGGGGUUACAUGGUAAUGGGAGAUUCUUUCAAUACAUCCUUGUUCAAACAAACUUUUCAGCGUGUGUUUACCAAAGAUGUGCAGGGGCAAUUCAAGAUGGGAUUUGGAGGCACCUUAGAAAUUAAGACCUCAAGAGAAAUAAAGAUAUCUGGAGCUAUUGGACCCUGUGUAUCACUCAAUUCUAAAGGACCUUGUGUGUCAGAAAAUGAAAUAGGAACAGGAGGUACAUGUCAGUGGAAGAUUUGUGGACUUCAUCCUCACACAACUCUAGGAUUGUAUUUUGAGGUGGUUAAUCAGCACAAUGCUCCAAUUCCUCAGGGUGGACGGGGCGCCAUUCAGUUUGUGACUCAAUACCAGCAUUCAAGUGGGCAGAGGCGUAUUAGAGUCACUACUAUUGCCAGAAAUUGGGCAGAUGCCCAGACACAGAUUCAAAACAUCGCUGCUUCUUUUGACCAGGAGGCAGCUGCCAUCCUUAUGGCCAGACUGGCAGUGUAUCGGGCCGAGACUGAGGAAGGACCUGAUGUGCUUCGGUGGUUGGACAGACAGCUUAUCAGACUGUGUCAGAAAUUUGGAGAGUAUCACAAGGAUGAUCCAAGCUCCUUCAGAUUUUCAGAAACAUUCUCUCUUUAUCCACAGUUUAUGUUCCAUUUAAGAAGAUCGCCUUUCUUACAAGUUUUCAACAACAGUCCUGAUGAAAGUUCCUAUUAUCGACAUCAUUUCAUGCGACAGGAUCUGACUCAAUCACUUAUAAUGGUUCAGCCAAUCCUCUACGCCUAUUCUUUCAAUGGACCCCCAGAGCCUGUUCUUUUAGACAGUAGUAGUAUUUUGCCUGAUCGCAUUCUGCUCAUGGACACCUUUUUCCAGAUCCUUAUUUAUCAUGGAGAGACUAUAGCUCAAUGGCGCAAGUCAGGCUAUCAAGACAUGCCCGAGUAUGAAAACUUCCGUCACUUGCUCCAGGCUCCAUCCGAUGAUGCACAGGAAAUUCUUCAUUCCAGAUUUCCAAUGCCACGUUACAUUGAUACAGAGCAUGGUGGUAGUCAGGCCCGUUUUCUGCUUUCCAAAGUUAACCCAUCUCAGACACAUAACAAUAUGUAUGCCUGGGGACAGGAAUCUGGAGCACCCAUUCUUACAGAUGAUGUCAGUCUGCAAGUAUUCAUGGACCAUUUGAAGAAACUUGCUGUAUCAAGUGCUGCCUAAAGGAGUGUGUGGAGUGCUAGUGAUACUGACAAUAUCUGAAUUACUGUUUCAGCUACAUUUUACAUUUUAUGUAAUUGCAAAAUGGAUGCUCUGAUGUGUGCGAGCUGCCUAGCUACAUCUUAAAGCUACAUAAUUUUCAAGAGAGCCCAUUUAUUAUAAAAGGCCUAAGUACAAGCAACAGUUUUGAAAAGCAAAAUGAAUUGGGAUUUAAUCAGACAAAAGUUUUUGUGGUUUCAAAGAUUAUAUUGUAAUUUGUUUUAGUUUGCUGAUUAUAAUUUUGUACUAUCUUUUAUAUCUUAAUGGUGCACAAUCUUAUUCUGGCUUGCACUGCAAAGACAUUGCAAACAUAAUGUUUAAAAAGGUCCAUUGUCAUCUCUGGGCUACUGUGAUUUUCCCUGAUGUUAUUUUUCAUCCUUAUUCCCUUGGGCUAGAAAAGAACAAAGAAACUGACUAUAAAAGACGAUAAAUCCAUAUUUUUGGAAAUCUGAAAGUAUUUAUUUUCUGUAAUCAGCUAUACAUUGAUGGUUUAAUAAGAGGAUUUUUUUGUUCUUGUGUUUGGAUUGAGAAUUCGUUUCUAACUAAAGAAGCUGAACAAACAAAAAUGGAUGAAGACUUGCUAGUUAUUCAGAUUUUACAUUCUCUUGAUAAUCUCUGGCAAAGUUUGUAAGUGAUAGUUAGUUGAAACACUAUUAUAUCUGGCUGCUUUCAGAACAGAUAAAAAUUGAAAUCCUGCACCUGUCAGGAGAGUAUAGUUAUGGGGAAAUACACACACUACAAUACCAUAAACUAAAAGCAUAUUGCUGCCUCUUUCCACAAGUAAGGAAGACUUUUUAUGAUAGCCAUAUACUAUUAUGACAUUGUGUGGUUCUUGUUUGGUUUGGUUUCUGUUUUGUUAUAAAUUAUGCAGUUUGCGAUUCUCGUUAAAACAGUAUUACACCGUACAUACUGCAAUUGUAAUAAAUCUGGUAAUGCUCAGUUGAGAUGUGUUUCCUUAAAAACAAGCAAAUUCACCUUUUAAUAAUAAAGUUUUUAAGUACAGAA